UUGUCACCGGACAAUAGUUCAGACGGACCGUCCUUAUUAUUGUUCCGCUGCUAACUUAGUCAAUCGUUUUGUAUUCAUUUUUCUGUUGGCGCUAUCUUGAAUAUUGAUCUGGUGAAACAGGAAAGCAUAAACUAAACGGAUUACUGGAUUGAUUAUGGGUAUUUGGAUUGUUAAAUAAACUAAACCAAGAUAACAUUUAGCUAUAGCUAGCUUACACAUUGUUUAUCUUGAAUGCAAAGGAGUUGCUAGCUAGUAGCCAACUACUCUACUAGCUAACUAACUUAGACUUCUAUGUUAAGAGACUAUUGAGUGAGCGUCUAGCUAGCCUUAUUGACUUACUAAUCAUCUGGUUGACUUGAUGUCAGAGUCGUGAGUGUGUGUGUUAUAUAAAGCUGUAACGUUAGAGAUGUCAGAGAGGAGAAGAGACAGCCGUAGCUGGGACUGGGACAGUCCUCAGUGCCGGGCUCAGAUGGACCAGAUAUUUUUCCGUCGCCAUGACUACAUCCAGAACGGAACCACGGAACACAAAGAGUUCUGGAGCUUCUUCGAGCGCUUCCAGAGGUUCAAAACCAAGAAGGACAUGUCCGGGGGCAGCAGGAAGGAAGACAUGGAGGAGGGCAGAGAUAGGAAGAAGACUGUAGAUCUGGGUCUGCCUAAGGAAUAUGACGCCCGCUAUCGGAUCAACGUGUCAGUUUGUACCAAAGACACAGAGGAGAGGUUGGAGACGGGGAGGUCUGAUCAGAGACACAGCUCGUCAGGCCCAGGGAGUCAGGAGGUAGCUGACUGUCGCCUGGCUUUGCUGCACUUCCUGGACUUCAGCCAGAGGCAGAGCUUUGGGAAGCUGGCCAAGUUGAGGACUGAGCAGAAAGCCCUUCCUAUUUUCCAGUACCGGGACCGGAUCGUGGAGUUGGUGCGGGCUAACCCGGUAGUAGUGGUGGCGGGGGAUACAGGCUGUGGAAAGUCCACCCAGGUCCCCCAGUACCUCCUCUCCUCUGGGUUCAGUCACAUAGCUUGCACUCAGCCACGACGGAUUGCCUGUAUCUCCCUCGCCAAGAGGGUCAGCUUCGAGAGUCUCAACCAGUAUGGCUCCAAGGUUGGGUAUCAGAUCCGUUUCGAGGGGACCCGUACCCCAUCCACCAAGCUGUUGUUCCUGACAGAGGGGUUACUACUGAGACAGAUACAGGCUGACGGGGACCUGGAGCAGUACCAGGUGUUGAUUGUCGAUGAGGUGCAUGAGCGACACCUGCACUGUGACUUCCUCCUCGGGGUCCUGCGCUCCCUCCUGGCCACCCGCCCCGACCUCCGCCUGGUCCUCAUGUCUGCCACCAUCAACAUCAAACUCUUCUCCAGCUACUUUAAUACUGCACCUGUACUGCAGGUACCGGGCAGGCUCUUCCCUAUACAGGUGAUCUACCAGCCCAUCCCACAAGACGAGCAGCCGUCCCGGUCGGAGAAGCUGGACCCCCGGCCAUACCUCCGUGUGCUGCAGGGCAUCGACCAGCGCUACCCGCCCGAGGAGAGGGGCGACCUGCUUCUGUUCCUCAGCGGCGUGGCAGAGAUAUCUACCAUCUUGGAGGCAUGCCAGGCCUACGCCACACACACCAAGCGCUGGAUCGUCCUGCCCCUCCACAGCACCCUGUCCCUGGUACAGCAGGAUAAGGUCUUUGACAUCUCUCCUCCGGGAGUGAGGAAAUGCAUCAUCUCUACCAACGUAGCGGAGACAUCCGUCACCAUCGACGGGGUGCGCUUCGUCGUCGACUCGGGCAAGGUGAAGGAGAUGAGUUUUGACCCGAAGGCGAAGAUGCAGCGUCUGCAGGAGUUCUGGAUCAGCCGAGCCAGUUCUGAGCAGAGGAAAGGCCGGGCCGGGAGGACAGGACCCGGGGUGUGUUAUCGGCUCUAUUCUGAGUCCGACUACGAGGCCUUCGCACCUUACCCCGUCCCAGAGAUACACAGGGUGGCCCUGGACUCACUAGUACUACAGAUGAAGAGUAUGAGUCUGGGCGACCCACGAUCCUUUUUGUUCAUCGACCCUCCUCCUGCGGCCAGUAUCCAGACUGCAGUAACCUACCUCAGGGAACAGGGGGCGCUAGACGCUAGAGGAGAUCUCACCUCUAUAGGAAGCCUGCUGGCACAACUUCCUGUUGACGUGGUCGUAGGUAAGAUGUUGGUGCUGGGGUCAGUGUUUAACUUGGUGGAGCCGGUCCUGACAGUGGCUGCUGCCCUCAGUGUUCAGUCCCCGUUUCUCCGCUCCGCCCAACACAACCCCGACUGUGCCACAGCACGCCAGCCCCUGCACUCUAACCAGGGAGACCCCUUCACCCUGCUCAACACCUUCAACGCCUGGGUGCAGGUGAAGGGGGAGAGAGGAGGUGCCAGCAGGAAGUGGUGCAGGAGGAGAGGACUGGAGGAACAGAGGCUUUAUGAGAUGGUCAACCUACGAAGACAGUUCAAGGAGCUGUUGCGUAGUCACGGUCUGUUGGAGGUGCUGGAGGAGAGGGCUCCCUCUGGCGGGGAGCGCGGGCAACGCAGGGAGAGGUUGACCGAGAGGAGGAAGUUACAUCAGCUGAAGAGAGCACAUGACCUGGCAGAGGGCGGCAGGAGGAAGGUCCUGAGACUGGAGGAGGGACAGGAAGGGGAUGGGGAUUCCGGGUCGGACACAGAGCAGGGCGCGUCGGGACGGGACGGGAAGGACAAGGAGCAGACAGGUGGACACAACCUGGACAUACAGGAAGUGAAGUUCAAGCUUCGCCACAACGUGUCAGAGCUCCAGGAAGCGGCGGCGGCCAGCCAGGACCUGUCGUCAAGGCAACAAGCCCUUCUGAAGCUGCUGCUUUGUCGAGGCCUUUACCCCCAGCUGGCAUUGCCAGACGAACACAACGCCAACCGCAAGGACUCAGAACAGGUGUUCCACACCCGUAACAAGCAGGGGGUAGUGAUCCACCCCACCAGUGUGUUUGCCAGCGACCCAGAGGUGCUGCACGUCCCUGAGGAGGGGAACAGAGAGGGGCCUGACAAGGGGGAGAGCAGCAAACACCAGCUCCUAGCCUUCGUCACUCUACUAGAGACCAACAAGCCUUAUGUAUCCAACUGUGUCAGAGUCCCAGCCCUGCAGGCCCUGUUGCUGGUCGCUAACUCCUUGGACAGUAAUGCUGACUGUACCCGGCUGGUGGUGGACGGCUGGUUGGAGGUGGGCCUGACUGGAGAGGGAGCUCUGAAAGUUCUGUCCACCUCCCUCACUCUCAGGGCCGACUGGGAGCGCCUCCUGCUAGCCCAGCUGGGCCAGGGCACUCUGGGGGCCGGAGCCGGGAGCAGGGCCAAGGCUGGGAGGGGAGAGGGGCUAGGGGUACCUGGGCUCUCCCGUAAAGACCUGGAGAAACUCAGUGAAGGACUGGUCCGCUUCCUGCUGUACACUGAGGUGAGCUACAGUCUACGUCGUUUGACAGGCCUGCAGGUACAGAACCUCUACGUAGGUCCUCAGGCCCAGUCCGAGUUCUCCGAGCCCCAUGCCCCGAACCCCCUUUUCCCUGGGGUGGAGGCGCAACCUGACACCAUCAAGGGAGGCCUCCAAGUCACCAAAUACUUCACCUACAACUGUCUCACUGACUCUAAGGACCUCUACAGUGAGUGUCUGCGUACGUUCUGGUCCUGUCCACACUGUGACCUGUACAGUCCUGUCACACCGCUGGAGAGGAUGAGCCACGAGGCCACCUGCAGGCCGCCUGGGGAACAGCAGGACAACCAGGACAAAGAGGGUGACGAUGUGAAGGCAGCCUCCUCUUCGUUCUCUGUGUCCAGUCUGGCCAGAGUCUACCACUGUGAUGUCUGUGACAAGGACCUGACGCUCACUUCUACAGAGAUUCUCAAACACAAGAGACAGCACAUGCACUCUGGACGUUGAAACAGAGAUCCUUAAUAAACACCAAGAAGACAGCACAUGCACUCUGGACGUUGAAACAGAGAUCCUUAAACACCAAGAGACAGCACAUGCACUCUGGACGUUGAAAACAGAGAUCCUUAAACACCAAGAGACAGCACAUGCACUCUGGACGUUGAAACAGAGAUCCUUAAUAAACACCAAGAAGACAGCACAUGCACUCUGGACGUUGAAACAGAGAUCCUUAAUAAACACCAAGACAGCACAUGCACUCUGGACGUUGAAACAGAGAUCCUUAAUAAACACCAAGAAGACAGCACGUUGAGAGACACUAAAGUUUCCUGCCUAGAUCACCUGAUCAGGACAAAGUAAUGGCCUUCAAUUAACUGCUAUGGAGAAAUCAACAACACGAAGGGUUUAGUGAAUAAUGUUUUAUAAUAAAAUCAAAGAGUUUC